AUUAUACCAUAGAAGGUGGCAUAGCACACUAUGGCGGACCAUUUUGUUGGUAUUCUUCUGGUUGUCUCACUUUAUGUAAGCGCUGGUGGACUUGCUAUGUCCACUCACAGAUUUUUUGAUGGUGUAAAGAUACCAGCAAUAAAUGGUGAGCUACAAGCCCGACUACUAAAUACACAAUCUAGUACCGGGAGAAACAUAGUCGCUGGGGAUGGAACUACCUUCCAUGUAUCGCCCAAUCAAGUCAUAGCAGAUUUCACUGAAGAUUAUGUUUUACUGAAAGGUAACCAGAUAGGACAUAAACGUGAGAAAAGACAAGCAACCACACCGGCUGACCAUGUUAUUGAAAUUCUAUUUGUUGUUGAUAGCGAGGCUUACAGGAAAUGGCUUAAUUUAUAUAAUGGGAAUGAAACUAAAACUGAAGAACAUAUGAAGAUAUUUUAUCAUUGGAUUAUCCGAUCUCUGAAUCAGCGGUAUAGCCAUGUCGCCAAGGAAAGCAAAGUCAUCAAAAGUCUUAAAUUCAAGUUGACAGGUCUUAUUAUUUUAAAGAGAAGUAGUGAUUCGGCAUGGACAGAAUCAAGCAAGUUUCCAACUGGUUUUGUGAAUAUAACAGAGGCACUGGAGAAACUUACAAUAUGGGUGAAUCAAAGAACGGAUCUUCCUUCUAGAGAUCAUGUCAUGGCUUUCUCUGGGUAUAAUUUACAGAAAGGUACAAAUGUAGAAGCUAAAGGACUGGCUGCAUUGGGAGGAAUGUGUACGGAGGAUUCCUUCUCCAUUAUUGAAGAUGACAUGACGUCAACAGUGGCUUCAGUAGCUGCCCAUGAGAUUGGACAUAGUAUUGGAGCAACUCAUGAUAGAGAAGCCGCAGGAUGUUCAGAUGAUGAUAAUUAUAUUAUGACGACCAAGCUACGAUAUCCUACAUCUAAUACUCAAGCUCCAAGACUCUGGCAAUUCUCGUCUUGUUCAAUAAGAAAGUUUGAGGAAACUUUGAGCAGCGUAACCUGCACGUCAGAAAACCCUUUUACACCAGAUACAGUAGAGCCGGGUAGUGUAGAAGAUGUUGGACAAUUCUUUACAGCAGACCAACAAUGUAAGAUGGGGGUUGGUCUAGAAUCAGACUUUGGACGGUCAAUACAUGCAUUAGAAGGCCAUGGUGAUAUGUGUAGAGGAAUGUACUGUGAGGCUAGUAAGGGACCGAAGAGGACUACAUUUACAGUCAGGAUACCAUUAGAUGGUACGUCAUGUGGAUUUCAAAAGUGGUGUGAGCAGGGUCAGUGUGUUUCUAAUGCUGAAGCUCCAAGUAGACCAGAUAAUUGUCCGCAAGGAAAUCUUCCAUUAUUCAACUGCGUCCAAUCCGAAUGCAUCAACUAUUCUGCGAGGAUUCGGACUGCUGCUUGUUGUGAAACCUGUCCAGAUUCCCAGGUGUCUGUAAAUACACCAAUUGGCUCAACCACUACAACCUAUCCAGGGGUCAGGCCAGAUGAGAUAGUCACCACUAAUGUGAUUGGUGGUAGCAUACUAGUCGAGGAUGGCCCUUUACCUCGGUCCACAAUCACUGGAACCUAUCCAGGGGUCAGGCCAGAUGAGAUAGUCACCACUAAUGUGAUUGGUGGUAGCAUACAAGUCGAGGAUGGUCAUAUACCUCCGUCCACAAUCAGGACAGCCGGUGGUAAUGUGUUUUUAAUGGGUGGCCAGCCCAAAACUGUACCGGAAGCCCAAGGAUCCGGCACAAGCAUCAAUUUGAAAUCAACUAUCAACUUUCAAAACCCAGGUCCUAGUCCGCCCCAGACUAAUGGACAAGCUACGGACAACUCUAAAGACAUUAACAUUACUACACCUGAACACAGCAUUCCAGUUAACGUCCAGACUACCACCACCACUCCUGAAAGCCAAAUCCCAAAAAUAAGCAAGAAAACGGAACCUAGCAAUACAACUAUGACUGUGAAAUCGUCGAUGAAAGUGAAGGGACUUGAUCCGAAUAGUAAACAAAAUAUCGACCACGGCCAGCAAUCUGUACCGGAUCCCAAAGCAUCAUUAACGAGGGGUCCUAUGACUGAUACUGUGCAAGGUCCAACAACUAAUAGCAGAGGUCCGAUACCACAUCUUGACAGAAGAUAUUAUCCGAUGUCGAAUAUGAAUAUGAACGGCCAGAUGCCGCUACCAGGACUAGGCAUUUUUGGUCAUGGAUCAAGCAUUCACAUAGGACACGAUGGUUCCAUCAGGAUGCAAUCACGAGUUCCCAGUACGGCAAUUGUCCAUAAUAUUGGUAAUGGCAUACGUCUGAGUGGAUUCUUCGGUAAUCCAGGUGCCUCCGUUGGUUUUAUUGGUUUUAGACCGAGAAACAGAUUCCACAAUAAGCCACGCAACACGUCAAGGGUGACUGGGAUGAUCGGAGCCCUCCGACCCGUCCCUAAACCUACUUCUGUUAAUAAUCGACAAUAUGCUCCCAGGCCGAGGCUUGCUACAAGAGUUGCUCCCAGGCCCAGUGUUGGUACGGGAGUUGCUCCCAGGCCCAGUGUUGCUACGAGAGUUGCUCCCAAGCCCAGCGUUGCUAUGAUAGAUGCUUCCAAGCCCAGUUUUGUUACGAGAGUUGCUCCCAGGCCCAGCGUUGCUGCGAAAGUUGCUCCCAGGCCCCUUGUUGCUAAGCGAAUCAAUCCCAACCCGCCUAUUGCUAAUGACUGGUUGUCGCAGAUGACCCGUGGGUUUAAUAACUACAUAAAUGGAAUGGCCAGGUAUAUGAAUAAUGCCGGGUCACAUUUCAACAGACAAAUGAAUGCAGCGGCCAGGAGUAUUAACUCUAGUAUACGAUCGGCGUUGAACGGACUCGGUGGUACACUGGGUAUGUGGCAUUUAGGUUAAAAUUCGUUUAGGUUACAGGGGGCUGUUUCACGAAAUUAUAACUAAAAUAAAAUCCAAAUUUUAGUAAUUUGAUUGGAUAAUAUUAGAUUGAUUUUAGUGCUUAGCCAAUCAAAAUUGAAGUAUCUACUACAAUUUGGCUUUUAUCUUUAGUUAAGAUUCGAGAAACCGGGCCCAGCUCGCUAAAGCUCAGCUCACAGCCCGCCGUACGUGUUUUGACACGCACGCAUGGGUCGUAAGAUUUGGUAGCUCACAGACUAGCCGCAAGAAAUCAGGUAGAAAUUUUGUAUAUGCAAGACCGACAGUCUCCGCGGCCAGUCUGCUAUAUUCUACGGUGCCGAUCACGGGCAAGUGACGCGUAAGACUCACGUACCUGUUUACUAAAAUUUCCGCCGUAGACUGCCGGUAGUACCCGUAUGGCCUGUUGUGUGCUAGGCUUUAGAUAAACGUCCGGGCAUUUGUUUACCUCUUCUCAGUUUCUUAAUGUACAAUAAAUAAAAGACUGUUCUGCCAGCAAAUGAAUGAAAUUUGGUUUCAAUCGAAUGUCGCGUGACCGAUAACUUAUGUUAUGAUCCGAAUCGAUCACCACAAAUCUCCAUUCCACAAACCUAGGGAAACUUGUAAUCCAUCUUUAGCGGAUUCACGCUGGUCUUCCAUAGGAACCAGCCUUUACAUUUUUUGUUGCCGUUUUAAAAUCAACCAUUGUUUGAGCUGAUUGGUUUGUGGAUUAAAAGCAUCGUCCGGAUAGUUUUUAAUUUAGUAUAUUGUCGAGCAUUUAUUUGUAUAGUAUAAAUAUUGA